AUUCCUAAACUGCAAGAUAGAACAUCAGAUUUCUGAUGAAUUGGAAGUGUCUUGCCCUGUGUAGAUGCUGCUAAGUGUAUGUUGCCGGAAUUAAUAAGAAUAAAAUCACCAACUUCACUGCGUGGACGUAACUGGAUAAAAGAAGGUGGGAAGCAUGUCCGAGUUUUGGUUAAUUUCUGCCCCUGGUGAUCAGGAGAAUUUACAAGCUCUGGAGAGGAUGAACACCGUAACCUCCAAGUCCAACCUGUCUUAUAACACCAAAUUCUCGAUUCCUGACUUCAAGGUGGGGACCUUGGAUUCCCUUGUUGGCCUCUCCGAUGAGCUGGGGAAACUCGAUACCUUUGCUGAAAGAGACACAGCGAGAGAGGGAACAGGGCGCCCUGGAGGACGUGGGCCAACCGACUCGCUGCUUCCGCUGGCCGCUGGCCGCUGGCCGUGUCCCCGCGCAAGGCUUGCUCUGUCAAAAGCCGUGUCGUCCUUGCCCGGCGUCAGGCGGGGCUGCCAGCAGGCAUCACCCGCUCUCCUGUCUCCGCAGGGCCCGCUGCUGCGCUGGCUCAAGGUGAACUUCAGCGAAGCCUUCAUUGCCUGGAUCCACAUCAAGGCGCUCAGGGUGUUUGUGGAGUCCGUGCUCAGGUACGGACUACCGGUGAACUUCCAGGCGGUGCUCCUCCAGCCUCAUAAGAAGUCAUCCACCAAGCGUUUAAGGGAGGUUCUGAACUCCGUCUUCAGACACCUGGAUCAAGUAGCAGCUGCAAGUAUACUGGAUGCAUCUGUGGAGAUCCCUGGCCUGCAGCUCAACAACCAAGACUAUUUUCCUUACGUCUACUUCCACAUCGACCUCAGUCUUCUCGACUAGAGAGAUGAACUGGCACCACGGCGCGCUCCUGGUCACGCAGACGCCUGCAGACGCCUCUUUCCCUUAGCCAGAGGACCCUACCGAAUUUAGAUCUUUAGAGAAAUGGCUCACCAAAGUUCGUUACAGUUGUAUUUAUUUUUUUUAAGUUACAAUAAAGAAACGCUCAGUCCUUUGAA